AUGUACAAGACUCUCUCCUCUCUCGGCGCCAUCGCGGCCUUAGCAGCCACCGCCACCGCCCACGGCACUGUAACGGGCGUCACCAUCAACAACCAGUUCAUGACAGGCUUCAAGCUCGACUUCUACUACCUCAAGAAGAACAAUGGUCAGAUCCCCGAACACAUCGGCUGGUAUGCCGAAGACACCGACAACGGCUUCGUUGGACCCAGCGACUACGGCAGCCCAGACAUCAUCUGCCAUAAGAACGCCAGUCCGGAUCUUAGCUCUGACAAACUUGCCAAGGUUGAGGCUGGUGGCACUAUAACCUUCGAUUGGACUCAGUGGCCCCAGUCUCACGUGGGUCCUCUCCUUACCUAUGUUGCUUCUUACACUGGCGACAUCAGCGCAGUCAAGAAGGAGACUCUAGAAUGGGUAAAGAUCGACGAGGCCGGCUAUGAGGGCGGCCAGUGGGCUGCAAUCAAGAUGAUCAGUCAGAACAACUCUUGGCCUGUCACUGUGCCCAAGAAUCUCGCUCCCGGCAAGUACGUCUUCCGCCAUGAGGCUAUCGCCCUGCAUAGUGCUGGCCAGGCCAAUGGUGCGCAGAACUACCCACAAUGCCUGAACAUCGAAGUCACUGGCAGCGGAACUGAGAAGCCAAAGGGCGUUGUCGGCACCAAGCUAUACACUGCCACCGAUCCCGGAAUUCUCUUCAACGUUUACACUCAGAGCAUUAACUACAAGAUCCCCGGUCCUCCUCUGUUUGGAUCAGGUAGCUCCGGCAGCUCUGGCUCCAGCUCCGGUUCCGGUUCGCCUAAACCAAGUCCUUCCCCGCCGGCCGCCGGCCCUUUCACUCACGAGAAGCCCGCCGUGACUCCCACUCCUGCUUCUCAGAACGGAGGUUCUUCUACCAACAAUGGCAAAACUCCCAAGGGCAACUCUGGCGCACCCUCCAACGGCAAAGGCGGCGCUAAGGGCAAUGCUGGCACCCCCUCUAACGGUAACGGCGCUCCUUCCAACGGCAAUGGCGGUACCCCUACAAACGGUGGAACUCCUACAAGCGGUGACAAUGGCGACGAGCCUUCUUACAGCGGCAACGGCGGCAACCCCUGGGGUGGUAACGGUGGCAACCCAUUUGGUGGCUCACCUCCCAGCGGCUUUCCUGGUUUCCCCAGUGGCUUCCCCGGCGGCGUACCUCCCAACGGCGGCGGCUUUCCUUUCCCCAGCGGCGCUUCUUUCCCCGGUGGUUUCCCAGGCGGUGCUCCUCCCAACGGCGCUCCUUUCCCCGACGGUUUCCCCGGCGGCGGUUUCAGUUUCCCUGAUGGCAGGCCGGCCAACGAUGGCAAUCCUAAUGCUGGUACCCCUACCAACGGUAAGGGUCAGGCUGCCUCUCCUUCUCCUACGCCUGCUGUCGCCGCGUCUGGCAAAGAUGGUGCUUCUUCUGGUACUGGUUCGUCUUCCUCUUCCGGCACCGGUAGUGCAGCUCCCUCGGGUGGUAGUGGCUUGCCCAAGACCUUCACUGUGGAUGAGUUCAUCAAGUGGCUGGAGAAGGUUGCUGGACAAACUGAUGAUGGCAAGAAGAGACGACGACACGCAAGGGCUUUCAGUGGGUUCUAG